AUGGCAGCAAAAAGAAGCGAAACUAAGAAAUAUGACCAAAAUAAGAAACAAUCAGAUAAGGAUACAAAUAAAAUUCAAGAACCAAUGGAAAUGGCUUCACCACAAACGGAACCAGAAGGACGAGGUGCAUUCCGGAAGCUAUUUAUGAAAUUAGGCGAAAAAGUUGGUACUAUUAAGACUUCUGAGCUUAAUCCGGAUUAUUUGAAUCAAGUGAAAGAUGCAGACACUUAUAAGGAAAUGUUAUGCAAAUUAGCAGAAAGCAUUAUGCAUGUGUUGCAACAAAAUCCGAAAUUAGUACCUGAAGCAGAAUCAAAAAUGGAAUUUGAAUGUCCAUUAAAUCAAGAUCCUACGGAAUUAUUAAGCGUUUCAUUAGAAGCAAUGAGAGAAAAUUUUUCAGCUCAUAUUCCAGCACUUGAGGCAUGCAUUCGUGCAUGCAUAAAAUUAGCCGAGUUACGUCGAUCUUACUGCAAACGAGGACGUCGAGCUAUUCAUUUUAUUCGAACAUUUAUUAAUGUUGAUUAUGUGUUAUUAAAUAAUCAGCGUCAAGAACUCAUCAAACGUCGACAAGAAAUGGAUUUUGCAAAACAUGAAUAUGCGAAUAAUCCAACGGAACAAAAAAAAGAAAGUUGCAAUAAAGCAAUUGCAAAAUUUAAGGAACAAUCAGAUGAGGUUUUUGAAGCUUUAGGUACAAUUCAAUCUAAAAAAGAAAAGCAUCGCAUAGAGCUUAUCAAAAUAUUGGAUGAAAUGCGGAAAUAUCAUAACAGUGCUGCUGAAGAAUGUUUUCUUGUAUGCAAAUCAAAAUGGUAA